GAGACGGCAAGUGAUGUGGAGUUGCAGGAAAAGAAAAUCCAAUAUCAAAGAAGAGACGGCAAGUGAUAUGUAGUUGUGGGGAAAGAAAAUCCAAUAUUAUAUAGAAGUAUAAUGGAUGAAAGAAGUAGAAGUAAGCAGAAGCACAUCACCCACUUUCGGUCGAUAUGUCUAUGUGCAUUAAGUACCUAUACGGUGCAGAAAAAAACUACCAAUAACAAUAUUACUUAGACUCCAAUAAAUUAAGAAUAUGGCAAUAUUAGACUAAAUUACAAGAGCAAGGCCAACUACAUGAUUGAGCUUACGUCGUAUUUCGUCGGCUGCGAAAGCAACGUUUCAGCGUGACGUACCAGAAACCUUUUCGAUCUAUGCGAUGUUGAGCCAGUAUAUGGCAUGGAACUACACUACAAUAUUUGAAUUGUGUCGUGGAAGAGAUGACGGAUGACUCAGUUUUCUGACGUAUCUAUUGUGCGUCAGACAGUGUUUGACACCAGAAGGCCCAGACCUAUUAUGACUGUUUCUCAGCUAGUGCAGCGAGA